AUGGCUAGAGAUAGUUCUUUUGUUAUAGUACGACGAAUGUCGUGUGCGACCAAAACGAAAAUUUUUGUGAAGGACCUACACCCACAGCUGAAAAAAAAAAACCGCCUAUCUAGAACGCACAAUCGGACCACCAUGUUGAGGCAAUUUUCAAGACGUGCGGUAGCUUUUCCACGUCUUUCGCCGGUCUGUCGCUCCUUUGUUGCGUCUUACCAUGUUGCUCAGUUGGACAAGUCCUUGAAUACCAAGUAUGACUCCCUCACAGACUACGGCAGUUACAAAAACAGCAUCUUCACACAUAGAUUGCCUGAGUCCACCGCACAGCAGUCCCCUCCACUUGUCGCAUUAUUCGCUCGAUUAAGAUUGCCUGAGUCGUACUCGUACUCGACUUUGUCGCAGGCUUUGAAUAUGAAUAAGUAUGGAGGUUUGGCCAACAAUUUUGGUCUCAGUACCUUGGGUAAGACAUUGUUGUCAUACUAUGUUUCUGAGCAUUUGUUGUUGAGAUAUCCCAGACUUCCUAUGGCUGUUCACAAUGCCGCUGUCGAUGCAUACAUGGGCACAGAAGCGUUGAGUCUCAUUGGCAAAUCAUGGGGUAUUGAGGUUGAUUCUAGCUCCAAGUUGCAAAAACAUCUUGCGCAAGAGCCAGAGUUUUUGCAAUACGGCAAGUUGCGGUUCCUUGCGGAAAACGCCAAGGAAGAAGUCGAGGAAUCUGGUAUUCAUGAAUUGUCGAAGGAAGAAUUGGCUACUCUCGAUCCAUCCACAAACAGCUACAUCUCCAAAGAACAAGACGCCUACGCUUCUGCAGUCAAAGCCAUCGUUGGCGGCUUGUACACACACGCAGGUGAAGAUGUCACCAAAGAGUUCAUUCGGGCGCAUAUUUUGUCUCGCAAAGUGCCAUUGACGGAAAUGUUUCAAUUCAGCAAACCUACAAGAGAAUUGGCGCGUAUCUGCGAGAAGUUGGAGCUUGAGCACCCACUUGAGGUUCGUCUUAUUGCCGAAACAGGUAGAUUGUCUGCACAUGCCAUUUAUGUGGCUGGAGCUUUUAGCGGUGGAGACAAGUUGGGCGAAGGUGUAGGAUCUUCGUUGAACGAGGCAAAAACCCGCGCCGUUGUGAAUGCAUUGUUGGCAUACUACUUGUACACUCCGGUGAAUGAAGAGGGAAACCCGGUGAAGAUGCCUAGCGACGAGAAUUAUAAGUUUGAAGGUGUGGUCGGACUGGGUGAUGUGGCGUGA